AUGGGAGCUCUAACGCCAGCUCCACGGUCCAAAUUCAUCGUGCGGGCGUGCGUUGGGGCUGCCAAAGAAGCGGCGCGCGGUCACACCUCCAGGGCUUCCAAGGAAGGGUGCGCCAACUUUGAGGGGUUGUACCAGGACAGCGGCGGUGGGGUGGUCGAGGUGUCGCAGACGAAGUGCAACAUCCGAGCAAGGAAUGCUGCGCAGCGGUGGUCCAUGGAUGCUAAUGCGGAUGGCAUCCAGGUGUUUAUGUGGGAUGUUGUCGGGACGCUCAGAGACGGUUUCAUCUCCUGGUCGAACCAAGCAACCUGGGUCAUCCUGCAGGAUGCCGCUGAAGCAGAGAAAAAGGGCUUGCCUUUUUUGCCGCGGCGCUUUCAUGCUGUGUGUGGACCUUGA